GCAUUAUUACAAGAACAACAAGACCUACCCGUUGGAUCUGCAAGACCAGGUGAUGAAGGCGCUGGCAUUGGUAGAGACGAGGGCGGGCCGUGCAUUCGGGGAUGCUGACAACCCUCUUUUGGUUUCUGUGCGCUCGGGAUCUCGCGCGUCCAUGCCUGGCAUGAUGGAUACCGUCCUCAACCUCGGCCUUAACGACGUCACGGUUGAGGCCUUGGCCAAGCAGUCCGGCGAUCGCCGAUUCGCCUUCGACAGUUACAGGCGCUUUGUCCAGAUGUACUCGGAUGUGGUCCUUGGCGUGGAGCUAAGCCAGUUCGAGAAGCUCUUGGAAAGGGCCAAGCAGAAGCGAGGUGUCAAGAAAGACCAUGAGCUUCUUCCCGAGGACCUUGAGAAGCUGGUGAAGGACUACAAGUCCUGUGUGCAGCUGGAGAUCGGUGAGGAGUUCCCCCAGGAUCCCAAACAGCAGCUCUGGGGCGCCAUUGGUGCUGUGUUUGGGUCUUGGAUGAACCAGCGAGCCAAGACCUACCGCGAGUUGCAUGACAUCCCGGAAGAGUGGGGCACAGCUGUGAGCGUUCAAGCUAUGGUUUUCGGAAACAUGGGCAACGACAGUGCCACAGGAGUGGCAUUCACUCGAAACCCAUCGAAUGGCGAAAAGGAAUUCUUCGGCGAGUUCCUGGUCCACGCGCAGGGCGAGGAUGUGGUUGCUGGCAUCCGCACGCCCCAAGACCUCACUGUCAAGGCCCGCAAGUCCCACGGCAGUGAUUUGCCUUCACUUGAAGAGGUCAUGCCGAAAAUCUUUCGGGAGUUGGACAUUAUUCGACAUGAGCUUGAGGAGCACUACAAGGACAUGCAGGACAUUGAGUUCACUAUCGAGCAGGGCAAGCUGUACAUGCUGCAGACUCGCACGGGCAAGCGCACGGCCCAUGCCGCCCUGCAGAUUGCUGUGGACAUGGUGGAGGAGGGACUGAUCUCAAAGGCGCAGGCAUUGAUGAGGCUCAAGCCCGACCUCAUCGACCAGCUACUGCACCCGACCUUGGACCCGAAGGCUGAGAAGAAGGUCAUUGCCAAGGGCCUCCCAGCUUCUCCUGGGGCAGCUGCAGGUAAAGUGGUCUUCUCAGCAGACAAGGCAGUCGAACGCUCUGCCAACGGCGAGAAGGUUAUCCUAGUGCGAAUCGAGACGAGUCCCGACGACAUCCAUGGUCUUCACGCUGCAGAAGGAGUGCUUACUUCCCGCGGGGGCAUGACGAGCCACGCGGCGGUGGUGGCCCGAGGUAUGGGCCGGCCGUGCGUGGCCGGGGCCGGGGACGUGAAGGUGAGCUACGAGUGGUCCCUGCUAGAGGUGGGCAACAUCAUCGUGCGCGAGGGUGAGGUUCUGACCAUUGAUGGCGUUACAGGACAGAUCAUGCUCGGAGAGGUCCCAACAGCUCCACCGCAGCUCUCAGGCGCCUUUGGUACGAUCAUGAAGUGGACGGACACCUUCCGCACCAUGCAGGUCCGAGCCAACGCUGACACACCUGCAGAUGCCCGUCAAGCCAAGGUCUUCGGAUCUGACGGAAUUGGCCUGGUGCGCACUGAGCACAUGUUCUUCGAGGGCGACCGGAUCGUAGCCAUGCGGCAGAUGAUCUUGGCGGCUGACCGCACAGAGCGGCAGGCGGCGUUGGAUAAGCUCUUGGCCAUGCAGCGGGAAGACAUCACUCAGCUUUUCUCUAUCAUGGAAGGUCUGCCGCUGACUGUGCGCUUGCUUGAUCCACCGCUCCAUGAGUUCCUUCCACACUAUGAAGGAGAGAUGGCCUCGGUAGCUAAAGCCGCAGGGAUGCCAAUUGAUCGUGUGCGGAGGCGUGUGACGGAGCUGAAGGAAGCAAAUCCAAUGCUGGGACACCGUGGCUGCAGGUUGGCCAUCACCUACCCAGAGAUAUGCGAGAUGCAAGCACGGGCCAUCUUCGAAGCCGCUGCCGAGGUGGGCAAGACUUCCAAGAAGAUGCCAGUGGCGGAGGUCAUGGUGCCCUUGGUGGCAGCUCCAGAAGAGCUGAAGCUCCUCAAGGAUGUGAUCGAGAAGACUGCCUUGGCUGUGCAGAAGGAGCAGGGCAACUUCAGCUACCGCGUGGGAACCAUGGUAGAGCUACCGAGGGCUUGCAUCCAAGCUGGAAGGCUGGCGGAGCAGGCUGAGUUCUUCAGCUUCGGCACCAACGACCUCACUCAGACCACCUAUGGGCUCAGCCGUGAUGAUGCUGGUGCAUUCCUGCCAGAGUACAAAGCCAAAGGGAUCGUGGCCCAGGAUCCUUUCGUGAGCCUGGAUCAGGAAGGCGUGGGCGUGCUGAUCAAGAUGGCGGUGGAGAAUGGCCGGAAAACGCGAUCCGGUAUGAAGAUGGGUAUCUGUGGUGAGCACGGCGGCGACCCGGCCUCAAUCGAGUUCUGCGAGAAGCUGGGCCUGGACUACGUGAGCUGCUCGCCCUUCCGAAUCCCCGUGGCCAGGUUAGCCGCCGCUCAGGCCGCGUUGAAGGCCAAAGGCGAGAAGCCCCUUGAGGCGUCUACGAAGGCCGCCAAGCCCCGGCGACCCAACUUUGGGCCUUGGUGA